AUGCACCCAUGGCUCGUCACGGCACUUGCAGGCUUCGCUCUGGCCGACCAACCAGUCCUCCAUGACUUUGAAAGCUACCAGAAUGGAACACAUGUGCCAGAGCAAACGUACUACAGCUCAGACAUCACGUCUCCGGUCUUCAACUACGGAGAAUGGCGGAAAGACUUGAUACUCUCGGACCGCUCGUUUCACCUCUUCUUCACUCUCGACUACACCGGUGCUGGCCCGUACAUUUUCCGGGACGAUGAUCUCAGCCUGGUCUAUUCCGAUCCGAGCUUCGACUACGCUAUGAAUGCCAGAGUCCAGUCAUUUGAUGGCAAGCAAUACCUGACAUUCUGGCAUGGUGCGAGAAACCGCGGCGAUUCGCAGGGUUUCUGCGUGUUCUACGAUGAGCAUUAUCAGCUGGCGUGGAACGUUACUCUGGGAGCACCUCUGACCGUCGACGCCGACAUGCACGAGUGUGCAGUCACUUCUGACGACACUGUAUUGCUCACGGCAUACCAAGACAAGAGAUUCGACUUGACCUCGAUAGGUGGCAGUACCAAUGACAUGCUUGCGGAUAGCUGCUUCCAAGAGCUCAAUAUUGUCGACAGUGAAGUUCUGUUCACCUGGUGUGCGAGCGAUCACUUCAGUCCGGAUAUGACUUACUGGAACUACACGAGUACCUUCGAUACCCGGCGUCGAGGGUCUGCCGAUGAUACGGCUGGUUCCUACACAACGUCGUCUGGGAUCGACGUAUACCAUAUCAACUCGCUCCAAAGGACUGCCGAAGGCAAUUAUCUCGUCUCGCUGCGCAAUCUAAAAACCUUGGUCUACAUUGAUGGGAAGACGGGAAAGCCUGUCUGGAAUCUCAACGGCAAGCUGAACGACUUCACGGAUGUCACCAGUCCUGAGAUCUUGUCGGCGAACGAAGGCAGCGAAGGAGCUUUGGGCUUUGGAUGGCAGCAUCAUGCGAGGUUCUGGGACGAUGCGAUAUCCAGGAUUACGUUCUUUGACAACCACGAGCUGUCAACACAGCUGGGUUGUACUGGCCCUUCGUGCUCCAGAGGGCGUGAGGUCCGCAUCACCACGAGUAAUCCGGAAAAUCUGACCGUCGAGCUAGUCCAUGACUUCCGAAGCUCACAUGGGCUCAAGAGCGUGAUUUUCGGCUCAAUGCACCCUCUGCCUUACCCGGACGGACCCACGAAAGCAGAAACGAAGCACUAUCUCGUCAGCUGGGGUGUGAAUGCAGAGUUCACCGAACACACCAGCGACGGGCGGCUGAUCCGCGAUGUCCAAUACAGCCCACUGUAUUCUGGACAUUCCGUUGGUGGCAUUGGUGUGCAGUCAUCGCGAGUCUACAAGCAGUCUUGGGUUGGCAAGCCGCUAUGGCCACCAAGCAUCGCCUUUGAUCGCAACGGUACUCUGUGGGUCAGCUGGAACGGUGCCACGGAGGUCAAAGAAUGGGUGGUGUUUGGAAGCGACACUGCAGCCGCUUUCCCGGAAACGGAGGGCAGUUCGCGAGAAGGGAGCGAGCAGGUCGUCGAGUUUAUGUACCCGCUGGAGCCGCUGGUCCGCGUGGCUAGGGCAGGCUUUGAGACGAAGAUCGAGCUAGGUCAUGAGAGGCCUGCUUAUGUCAAGGUGUUUGCUCAUGACGUGAACGGGCAAGUCAUUGGGUAUACAGGAACGCUUUGGUUGGGUCAUGAGAUGCAUCUUCGUUAUAAGGAUACUUUGUCGUACAUAGCGUUAAGCGGUCUUCUAGUAUAA